GAUACCUUUUUGUGUCGGCUAGUCAUCAUCUAUCCUAUCAAAAAGAAACCCUCAAGAAACAUCCUCAUUCAUCAUCACUCCUCUCAAUAUUCAAACCCUUAUAACCAUAACCAUUCACCAUCAUCACAACCAAAGCCUCAAACUAGAUCCAUCAUAUCAUAAUUGACUCAACACAAUGGGUAACUGCGUAUUCAAAGGCUUCCAUCAUGGAGAUUUUGAAGACAACAACAUGGUAAGAAUUGUAACAUCAAAUGGAGGCAUCAUGGAACUAUAUGCCCCCAUAACGGUCCAAUGCAUAACCAACGAGUUUCCACAUCAUGGAAUCUUCAAAAACAAUUGCAACAUACUUUCUAAACCUCUCAUGAAAAACGAAGAACUUCAUGGUGGUGAAGUUUACUAUCUUCUCCCUCUCAAGAAACAAUUUGGUGAAACAUUCGAAACGUUAACUCCGUAUCGAAUGUCCACGUGCGAUAGGAGUACUAGCAACAAUAAUAAUAGUAACAAUAUAUGGUCUGAACAUGAAGUGUUUCCGAGGUAUAAUAGUAGCGGGGUGUGGAAGGUGAAGUUGGUGAUUAGUCCGGAGAAGUUGUCGGAGAUUUUGUCGCAGGAGUCGAGGACGGAGGCGUUGAUUGAGAGUGUAAGGACGGUGGCGAAGUGCGGGAAUGGGGCGGCGCCGUCGUCGGUGGCAAACUCCGAUCAAUGGAGUGUUUCUAGUAGUUUUAAAGGUUCUAGUUUAUUAGAGAAGUUUAAUUUAGAAUCUUCAAGUUCAAAUUAGUUUAUUUUUCUCCCUUUGUUAAUAUAUUCAUUAGUAGUGGUGAUUAAGAUUUUAUCUUUCUAUAUAUGAAGAAAGUACUGUUUAUCAUGAACAAAGUAUAUGUGAGAGUUGAAUAUUAUUUAUCAAAU